CUUGCUGCAGGAAGCUGUGUGUUAAAUUUCACAUCCUACCCGUUCCAACCAACUGGGGAGUGCAUCGGUCAUGUGGGACCGAGAAUCAACAUGUGGGGCAGCUACCCUACAAACCUGUGCUGUCGAAAUGUCCUCCCCGUCAUGUCCCAAGCCUUAGCCAUUCAUGUAAUUAAGACACAGGGGCAGGGCAGUGUCUUUCUUGCACAAGAGGAAUGGCAGAACUGCAACGGCCCUUUACAUAUGCAGCAGAUUUUGUCUGCGCAACAUUGUGGCUUUGAUGACCUUAACAGUAGAAGUAGCCAGUGCUCCGGCACAACUCUUUCAGGCCUCAGGCAAGACCAGCCCUUCCAAGACGCACUAAGCAACUGCUCUCAAUUUGGCAAUGCAUUUGAUAAUGUUUGCAGAAAAUGCACCGGGGCAUUCUCAGCUCUGAGGGACUAUUUAUUGAAAAAGUAUAACGUGAAGGACGAGAACAAAACUGAAACAGCCAUAUGUGGUGUAGCAGCUAUGAUUUCUAUUGCAGCAGCAAAUAUGAAUGGUUCCUUUUCGGUCGAUAUUGACUACAUUCGGUGUUUGUCUAUGUUAGACACGUUUGAACCAGAUUACAUCAAACUCAAGUAUUCUUUGGUAGAAGCGAUACUUUCAAUCUUAAUAGCCAUCACUGCAGUGAUGCUGAUCAUCCUGCUGAUUAAAUAUGUGAGCAAGAAGAAGCCUAAAAAACCGGUUCAAUCAGGACCAAUUACUACAUGGUCUGGCCUGUAUAGAUUCUCCAAGGCUGAGAUUGAGAAUGCCAUAAAUUUUGAGAGAAAGGACCUCGGAAGAGGAAGUGCUGGUCAAGUUUAUAAAGGUGUUCUUCCUAGUGGACAAGUCGUGGCCAUUAAGCACAUAAACAAGAGCAAUACUUCUGAUUCUUUUACACGAGAAGUCGAAGGUCUUUCAAGGAUUCGACAUCCAAAUUUGGUUUGCCUCUUUGGUUGCUGUGUUGAAGAUGGCGAGCAAUUUCUUGUGUACGAGUAUUGCGCAGCAGGGAAUCUAGCUCAACACCUCCUAAGAAAUGAUCCUGUCUUAACAUGGGAAAGAAGAGUUAAGAUUCUAAGAGAUUGUGCACUUGCUUUGAGGUAUCUCCACCACUAUAUAGAUGGAUGCAUUGUUCACAGAGAUAUUAAGCUUACCAACAUCCUUUUGACUGAGAACUUGGAUCCCAAGCUUUCUGAUUUUGGGUUGGCAAAGAUGUUGGGGAUGGAGGAGAGCAAAGUAUUUACAGAUGUCAGAGGAACCAUAGGCUAUAUGGAUCCAGAAUAUAUGACCAAUGCCAAGUUAACCUGCGCCAGUGAUGUCUAUAGUUUUGGUAUUGUUUCUCUGCAACUGCUAUCAGGGCAAAAAGUAUUUGAGCUGGAUCUUGAUGCUAGAGACCAACUGACAAGAAAGGCAAAGGAUAUAAGUAUGAACAAGCGCCCACCUGAGGAUCUUGAGGACCCAAGACUAAAUGGAAAUGUCAACAAGGUGGACUUUGAAUCAAUCCUACAAAUUGCAGUACUUUGUGUUGCCAAAUCAAGCAAAGGUCGCCCAACAAUCGAUCUCGUGUACGAAGAGAUGGACAAGGCUUGGAAGAACACUCUUGCUGACAUGAAGGCAAAGAAAGGGAUAAGUUCCUCAGCAACACCACUGUCUAUAUCUUCGGAUGUGUUUUCAGUUUGACAUGCAAAGGUUCAUGAUCAACAAGGUUUUGGGUUUAUUGGCUGGCGCUGUUUUCGGUAUUUAUUGUUCAAGAGUAAGAUUGGUGUUUAAUUAUUAGGAAAUAACGAUGUAAUCAAGGUUGAUACUGCAUAGUAGUUGUCGCAUUA